AUUCUUUUUUUGUCUAUUUAAUUUUGAAAGCGUUGAUUCAAGCGCUCCAGCCUCAACCUUGCAGCGCUGGGGAACACUGUCGGAGAAAAUCGUUCCAGGUACAGAUAAAAGAAAAGAGAAACACCGAAACAAAGCUACCUUAUGGCGGAAGUCAUCGUGCUAGAGCUGAGCUGUCCCGUGCAGACUUAUCACUGGGGCAAGAAGGGCCAGUCCAGCCUAGUGGCGCAGCUUGCAUCUCAAGGCGGUCACCUGAGCGAUGUCGACGAAAGGACCACGUAUGCCGAGCUGUGGAUGGGCACGCACCCGACCUGUCCAAGCAAGGUCAAAGGCACGAACCAGACCCUGGCCGACUGGAUCUCCGAGCACCCCGAGAGCCUGGGCGAGAGCGUUCGGGGGGCCUUCGGGGGCCAGCUCCCUUUCCUCUUCAAGGUGCUCUCCGUAGACACAGCACUGUCGAUACAGGCACACCCCACAAAGGGUCUAGCUGAACUCCUUCACAGCACUCGGCCGGACAAGUACCCUGACCCAAACCACAAGCCCGAGAUUGCAAUUGCUCUCACCGAGUUUGACGCAUUCUGCAACUUCAGACCCCUACAGGAGAUCACUGAACUCAUCAAAGGCCUGCCGGAGCUGAAGGCCAUCCUUGGAGCAGAGGCGGAGCGGCCGCUGGCGGACAAGGAGGCCCUCCAGAGGUGCUUCCGCAAGCUGAUGACCACUUCUCCGGAUGUCUUCAUUCCGAUGCUUAAGAAGAUGGCCGACAGGCUUCGAAAUAGCGCCAAUACAAGCGUGGUGUCGAAAGACUUGGCGAACGUGUUCCUCAAGAUCUAUGCAACGUACCCCGAAGACAUAGGUUGCUUCGUUGUCUUCUUCCUCAACUUCAUCCGGCUGAGGCCUGGGGAAGCACUGUUCCUGGCGGCCAACGAGCCCCACGCCUACGUGUCCGGAAACUGCGUCGAGUGCAUGGCGUGCUCGGACAAUGUGGUGCGGGCGGGGCUGACGCCCAAGUUCAAGGAUGUGGACACGCUGUGCUCCAUGCUGAGCUAUGACUCCGUCCCGGCGCCGGACGUGCGCUUCCCCGCCACGCCCACGGACGUCCGGUGCUGCUCCUUCCGGCCCCCCAUCCCGGACUUUGCCGUCAACAAGAUACAGGUUCCAGCUGGAGGAACCUACACUCCGAAGAGUGUUCCUUCAGCGAGCAUCCUCCUGGUGAUAGAGGGCGAGGGAAAAGUGGGCACCAAGACGGCCAAGCGAGGAUCCAUCCUGUUUCUGGUCGCGGGCAAGGCAGUGACCAUUUCCGCCAGCCAAGCGAUGCAGAUCUACCAGGCGUUCAGUCCAGUCUGAGGUGCCCCAAGGCUGCCUCUCCAACUACAAAUACUACAAAGCCCAAAGAGAUUUGUGCCCACUUGGCAUCUCCAUAUCUGGUGCUAGUACUUGCGACAUAUUUAAUAUUGUGCUCCUCAUAGAAACCUAUUUAUCAAUAAGCGUAUGGCCCGUAUUCAAACUUGCUUUUCGUCGAGCUUUGAUGAAAAGUCUGCCAGUAGGAGGUGUUGGGAUAGUGAAAAUAUGAAAUUGCAUAUUUAAUAUAUAAACAUAUAUCCCUGUUUAUGUUUAGAAUAAUUGUCUUUUGUGCAAAAAUGUAGUUGGGAACACUUGACUGCAACCAUGUGCACCCCUCAACAGGUCUCUCCAAAACUUAUGCAAGUCAUCACACUUUUUAUUCAAGCCAAAGACCUCUACAGCUCGUCUGUUUUGUGUGCUUGGAAGAUAUUAAAAAAAGAAAAACUUA